GCCCAACUCCUGACUCCUCCCUCUCUUCCCUCCCUCUCCACCCAUCCACCCUUGUAGUUGCUUGCUAUUUUUCUUGCUGGCAGUCUGGAUUCUACUCAUUUACCUAAGAGGGGGAUUCUAGACAGACGGGAGACAGCUUUCAAAUACACUGGACUGCUGGCAACCCAAGUCAGUGCCCACAGUGCAUUUUGAAAACUCGGGAGCUUCUCUAUGGCGAUGAGUUGCCCAAGAUGCUAGAGAGUCUGUGUGAGCACAUUCGUUUUCCUUCCCUUUCCCCUUUCUUUCUCUUUCCAAGUCCCUUCUCCCUGCUUCCCCUCCUACUCCUUUAUCCUCUCCCUCUGUGCUUUAGUUCUGCCGCACACAGACUGAAGCACAACCCUGCAGCAAGGCUUUCUGUUAAGGAUUUAUUGUGGCUUUUAUUUGGAUUUCAUCAUGCGGAAUUACAGCUGUUCAGAGGAGACUCAUUACAACUCCUGCUGAAGCUCCCAAUCUUCCUCUCUCUGUCCCUACCCCCACUCUCACUUGGCCUGAAGACACUGUCCCCAGUUUACCUUACUCCCUUGGUGCUAUGCGCAUGGUAAACAUGGCAGUAUGGCCAAGUCUGGGACUCACCAGACAACUGCUGUUGACUUUCCCCAUUCCAGGAAGAAUUUAAAGGGAAAUUGCACAGCAGGCAAUGUACUUCAGCAACACCACCACCAGGAACAUGGUGACUAGGGUUCUCUGGGACUGUCUCACACAAACACACACAUGCAGAGUUGAAUGCAGUGGCAAUAGCUGCUCCUGGGAACUGUGACAGCAGCCAGGUGGCAGCAUGAAAUGAGAACCAGUUCCCGAGCACGAGAUGAACUCCACCUUGGAUGGUGAUCAGAGCAGCCAUUCUUUCUGUCUCCUGGCACUGGGCUACUCAGAAACUGUCGGUUUUUGUCUUUUGGAAGCACUGGUUGUUGUCUUUCUAACCACAUUGAUUAUUUCUGGCAACAUCAUUGUGAUUUUUGUGUUUCACUGUGCGCCUCUGUUGAACCAUCACACUACAAGUUAUUUCAUCCAGACAAUGGCAUAUGCUGACCUCUUGGUUGGGGUAAGCUGCCUGGUCCCUUCCUUGUCACUACUCCACUACCCCCUUCCUAUGGAGGAGGCCAUGACUUGCCAAGUAUUUGGCUUUGUAAUAUCAGUUCUGAAGAGCGUUUCCAUGACUUCUCUGGCCUGUAUCAGCAUUGAUAGAUAUAUUGCCAUCACUAAGCCUUUAACCUAUAAUACGCUGGUUACUCCCUGGAGACUACGCCUGUGUAUUUUUCUGAUUUGGCUGUAUUCCAUCCUGGUCUUCCUGCCUGCCUUCUUCCCCUGGGGCAAACCUGGAUAUCAUGGAGAUGUAUUUCAGUGGUGUGCAGUGUCCUGGCACACCAACCUCUACUUCACAUUGUUCAUCAUGGUAAUGCUGUAUGCCCCAGCUGCCCUCAUUGUCUGCUUCACAUAUUUCAACAUCUUCCGCAUCUGCCAACAGCACACAAAAGAAAUCAGCAAAAGGCAAGCCCGAUUCAACAGCCGGAAUGAGGAGACUGCGGAAUCUCAGACUUGUCCUGAUAAGCGCUAUGCCAUGGUCCUCUUCAGAAUUACAAGUGUGUUUUAUGUCCUCUGGUUGCCAUACAUCCUCUACUUUCUGCUGGAGAGUUCCACUGGCUGCAGCAGCCACCUUGCAUCCUUCCUGACUACCUGGCUUGCUAUUAGUAAUAGUUUCUGCAACUGUAUCAUUUACAGUCUCUCCAACAGUGUUUUCCAAAGAGGAUUAAAGGGUCUCUCAGGGGCUGUGUGUACCUCUUGUACAAGUCACACUACAGCCAAGGACCCUUACACAGUUAGGUGGAAAGGACCCCUUAAUGGAUGUUGUAUCUGAGGGGUUCAUAUACUCAGUUGCUUUGUUUGCAAGGAGAAAGGAUGACUUUGGCUCUCCUUUUCCCUUCUACCCUGUACUCCCAGUUUACUAGGAGAUCUAGGACAGGAUAAUUUGACUCUGAGCAGCUGCAGACUAUCCAGACACUUUUCAGUUUGCAGAAGUUGUUUCCUAAAUGAGAUUUAAAAUUAGAAGAAUCUGGAUCAUUAAAAAAAACAACUCAUGGUGCAGUUUUUGAAAUGUCAUGGAAGUAACUACAGUUUCAGAUUCAAAAGGAAUAAAGCCAUUGCUAAUACCUCUCCCAGCUGGCGUGACUGAACCUGGAUGUGAAAAGCGGCAGCACUUUUUAAAAAAAAAAAAAAUCCCCAUUUUCUUUUCCCUUUUCUGGAUUCUUCCAAGCAAUUUGGAACUUGUGUGCAAUUGAUAUCUUUUAACAGGGACUAUUAAGAUAGAAUGAUGAGCUAACAAGGAUUUUCUUUAUCUGUGCCAAAAUAUAACUGCACUGUAAGUUUCAAUACUCCUUUAGAUAGUGAAAUGUCUUGAAAGAAAUCGCCAUAGGAUGAAUAAUGUGAUCCCUGAAGAUUUCUUUUGAAGUUUUGAAAUGAACCAUGAAGCAACCAUGCAAUGAAGUCAUACAGUUUGUGAGAAACAACUGCAUUUACUCCAUGCUUGUGAACAUUCUGUACACGUGUGUAGUACAAGUGACAUUAUAGUGCUUUUUCCUGUGCCUCUGUGUUUGUGAAUAUUGAACAUUUACAUUGAGUUGAGUUUCUUUUUAUAACAAAAUGUAUUUAAAUAGAUAAUAGAUAGAUAGCUAUUCAUUGUAAUGUGUUUGUCUAAAAGGAGAGAGCCGUUAGCAGUUCCAAUCAGUAUUUCCGGGACUUUGUGCUAGUUUUCAUUUUUAGAAAGUGCCAGGGAGAUUAACUGGCCUCUGACUUUGGCCAGAGGUUGUCGUGCAGGUGGAACUGUGAUGCUCAAUGAACAGGCAGUGGAGGAGACCAGGAGUGCUAGCAAAGGUGGAUUUUCAAAUCCAAGAAAGGAUAAGGAUGAUUAUGAAACCCACAGAUAUGCUUUGGUUUUCCAUCCUGAUGUUAGAAGGCUAUUCCCUUUUAAAUAGAAUUAAAUAAUUCUUGUAUUACACCCAGAGCUUUGUGCAAACAAGGCAAAUACUUCUUUUAUAUUAACAACAUAAUUUAUUUGUUCUGUUUUUGCUUUUAAGCCAGUGACUCACUCUUUAGCACUAGCCUCCUAGGAACUCACUGUCUAGACCAGACUGGUCUUGAACUCACAGAGAGAAGACCCACUUGUCUCUCUCCUCGGAUUAAUUAAUGGUCCACCAUGGCCAGGCCCUCGCCAGUUUUAUGUUUUAGACAUUGAUUUUUAUUUUAACUUCACAUACCUUCUUUUUUAAGCUUUUUAAGUGACUAAGAAUUAUAAAAGCUUCAGAAUUCAAGUUCUAGUGGCAAGUAGAGCUCUGUGAGUUCAAGGUCAGCUUGAUCUACAAAAUGAGUUCCAGAACAGCCAGAAGUACAUAGUGAGAUCCUCGCUCAAAAAAUAAAACGGAUUCUGAGUUUUCCCCCAAAUCUUGCUUGUUUUGUAUAGUUAAUAUUAGCAAAUUUAAUCCAGCUGUUUCAGAAUUUAAGACUCAUGAUGAAAAUGCUCGGUUAGAAGUAGCUUUGUUGCUAGAUGGUGGUGGCACACUCGGGAGGCAGAGGCAGGCGGAUCUCCGUGAGUUUAAGGCCAGUCUGGUCUAUGAGACAGAGUUCUGCUGCAGUGCAGUGAAAUUUCAGCUGAUAUACAAAAGGUGGUAGGUCCAGCGCCUUGUGAAUCUGGCUUUAUCUCUUUCAGAACACAUUCAUUCUGGUGGUUCAGCCUUCUGCUCUAUCAGCUGAAAUCUCACUGCAUGAUUCCUGCAGACUGCAGCUCUCCCUGUUUUUCAUUUAAUAAAUGCAGUGUAUGGACAUCCUCUGGUCACCGCGUAUUUCAGAUCCUAAGUGUCUGAGAAUGACUGGAAUAAAGAAUAAAAGUCAAAUGA